AAUUUUCCUUGGCCUUCGACGUUGGCAUGUCGGACCCUCAAAUUGCGCUCUUUUCGGGUCUGCCGUUACCGUUGGUUAAAAUCUGGAGUCGUUGUUUGUUGGGGGUGUUGGUUUUACAUUCUUAAUCCUCUUCAUCAUAUUUUAUUUCAUGUUGGCGCCUGGUUUUUAAAACAUGGUUUCACGACGGAGGAGCCGAGCCAAACCUGACACGUCAGUAGAAGAAGACGGUUCUCCAGAAAAUACGUCACCAACUACAUCUCCCUCUAAACCUGGUCCUUCCAAGAGGAGGAGCAAAGGUGCCCCUGAUAAUGAUGACGAAGGAUCGUCAGCAUCUCCUCCCAAGAAGUCCAAAAAGGAUUCUGCCAAAUCUCCUGAAAAGAGAACAAGAACUCCUAAAGGGAAAGGUGCUCAACCUGAAGAAACGGAGGAAGCCGAAGAAAGACGUGGCAAUUUUGAAGAGGAGGAGACACAUUCUGAUGAAGAAGGGGGUAUCCGUAUAGGGGAUAUUUACAUCCCGCCUCCACCCCCAGCCACAACAGGUGUUGAUCUAAAUGGUCCUCGCCUCAUCAUUACACAUAUAGAGAAUGAGAAUUUCAAAAGUUAUGCUGGCAAAACAGUGUUAGGUCCCUUCCACAAGUGCUUCACAUCCAUUGUUGGCCCAAAUGGCUCCGGCAAAAGCAAUGUCAUUGAUUCCAUGUUAUUUGUAUUUGGUUACCGAGCAUCCAAGAUUCGCUCUAAGAAGAUCUCUGUUCUUCUUCACAACUCCGAUGAGCACAAGAAUGUCACUAGUUGCACUGUCGCUGUGCACUUUAAACUUAUCAUUGACAAGCCAGGUGAUAGUUAUGUGGAAGUACCAGGGUCAGGAAUAGUAAUUGCUCGUACUGCAUUCAGAGACAACUCUUCUUACUACACAUUAAAUGGGAGACGAGUUCAGUUUAAGGAAGUAGCAAAGCUUUUGCGAAGUCAUGGUAUUGACUUGGAUCACAACAGGUUUUUAAUUCUCCAGGGUGAAGUUGAGCAGAUUGCUUUGAUGAAGCCAAAAGGCCAAACUGAACAUGACACAGGGAUGCUUGAGUUUCUUGAAGAUAUAAUUGGAACUUCUCGGUUUAAGGAGCCAAUUGAAAAAUUAAAUGUGCUGGUUGAAAACUUAAGUGAAGAAAGGACUGAAAAGCUGAACCGUGUAAAGAUGGUUGAAAAAGAAAAGGAAGCCUUGGAAGGUCCAAAGGAUGAAGCAGUUAAAGCACUGAAGCAGGAGAAUCAAUAUUCUUCUGUUAUGCACUUGCACUGCCAAAAGUACAUACGGAAAUUAGAUCUGGAACAGGAGAAAAUAGAAGAAGAAAAGAAAAUCCUGAGUGAUGCUAUCAGUAAGAUAAAUGAACAGUUGCAGGCAAUCCAAGCAGAAAUUAAAGAGAAAGGAGGGUCCUUGAAAGGUGAAACAAAACAAAUAGAGAAGAUGGAGCAACAGAAAGCUGCUCUCAGUGCACAGUUCGACAAGAUAAAUGCCAAGGACGUCCAAAUUCAGGCAGACAUCCAACUACGUAAUAAAAAGCGAAAGAAGACACAGGAACAGCUAGAGGAGGAACAGAAAAAGCUGGUUGAGUUGGAAAAUCUGCCAGAGAAGAAUACAAAAGAAAUAGAAGAAUUGAAAGCUCUGGAGCCAAAGCUUAUAAAGGAACAAGAGGCAGAGCAGAAACAAGUAGAGGCAGUCAUGGCAACUAUAGCUACUGAGGCAAAAUCUUUGACUGAAAAGAAGGACAAGUUACAGAAUCAGUUGGUUGGUUUAACUGAGGCCUCAGCUGAACAGAAGUCAAAGCUUAACAUUGCUCAAAAAGAGUUAGAUCUGUAUCUUAAGAAUGAAACUGAUGCAAAAAAGCGGUAUGAAGAUCUCAAAUUAUCCUAUGAUGCUCAAACAGAGAAAGUAUCUGAGUCUGAGAAAGCUGUUGCAGAGUUACCGCCUAAGAUAGAGCGAAUGGAAAGAGAAGUAAAAUCAAUGAGAAAUGACCUGGCCAAGGCCAAUGCUGAUAUAGGAAAAAUUGGUGAUGAACUUCGUGAGAAGAGAACUGCAUUUGAAUCAGUCCGGUCUGAUCGGAGUGCCAAAAUUUCCCAUAAUGCAGUUCUGAAUUACCUUAUGGAUGUCAAGCGCAAGGGAACAUUGCCUGGCAUUAUUGGUCGGCUGGGUGACUUGGGUGGCAUUGACCAACGUUAUGAUGUGGCAGUUUCUACUGCGUGCCCCAUGCUGGACCAUAUUUUGGUUGACACAUUAGAAACUGGAAAGAGUUGUAUCAAAAUGCUGAAAGAUGACAAAGUUGGAAGAGCCAACUUUAUAAUCUUGGAAAAGCAGGAGCAUUUUAGAGCAAAAGCUAAUACUCCCUUAAACACACCUGAAAAUGUUCCUAGAUUGUAUGAUCUUGUUCGAAUUCGAAAUGAAGAUCAUAAAACUGCUUUUUACUUCGCUCUAAGAGACACCCUGGUAGCUCAAGAUCUAGAACAAGCAACCCGGAUUGGAUAUGGUCGAGUCCGGCAUCGAGUUGUAACCCUAAAUGGAGAAGUUAUUGAAACAUCAGGCACCAUGUCUGGAGGUGGUAGGAGUCAAAUUCGAGGUAAAAUGGGCAAAGACUCAAGAUCAGAUGUUGUGAUGUCGGAUGCAGAGUUUCGCGAAAUGGAAGAACGAGUAGAAAGACUUCAAAAUCGUGAAAAUGAAUUGCUAGGGAAAAUAGGAGAGCUAGAAAACCGAAUCAAAGGCCAUACGAGGCAAAUUUCUGCUGACAGAGAUGCUUUGGAGCUAAAAUCACUAGAAUUAGAGACAAUAUCAAAACAUUUGCCAGAAAUUGAAGAAAUGAUGAAAAAGCAAGAGAAGAAAGUGAAAGAAUCUGUAGCAGAUGCCAAACAAGUAAAGACAUUAGAAGCUAAAAUAUCUGCUAUUCAGAAAGAUCUUGAUAAAGCAGAAGAAGCUGAAGGGAAAGUUUCAAAAGAAGUGAAAACUCUCACGAAUGAGAUAGAGAAACUCACAACGGGUCGAGUCCGCAAUGCUCAGAAGAAAUUGGAUGAGGUCACAACCCGCCUUGACAAAAUUCGUUCAGAAAUUACGAAACUUGGCGUUGCAAUAAAGACAUCAGAAAGGAAUGCCAAAAAGUCAAGUGACAAAAUAAAAAAUCUUACUCAAGAAAUUCAGGACAUGAAAGAGACUCUUGCAAGCAUGGUUGAUGAAAAGAACAAGAUAACCGAAGAAGCUUCCGAAGUUUGCAAAAUGAUGGAAUCUAUUAAUGAGGGCUUAAGAGAAAAAAUGGAGCAGAUGAAAUCAAGGAAAAAUGAUGUUGAUGAGAUUCGCCAAAGAGAAACAAAACUAUCGGGUGAAAAAAUGGAUGAAGAUCAAAAACUAAAGGUUAUUCAACAACGAUUAAAGGAAAAGAAAACUGCAAUGGAGUUCACAAAACAGAAGAUGAUGAAAUUAACACUGCAUGUCAUACCUGGAGCUGAGAAGGUGGACGAGUUUGUCAUAAAAACAGCUGAAGAAUUGGAUCAAUUAAAUGUUGAUAAUUUACAAUAUGAGGUUGCUAGAUUAGAAGGCAUUGUCAGUAAAAAUAAGCCUAAUAUGGGAGUGAUUGAGGAGUACAAUAGAAAAGAAGCGCAAUAUAUCCAAAGAGUUGGGGAGCUUGAAGCAAUUACUGCCAAGCGAAAUGAAAUACGUGCACAUCAUGAUGAAGCCAGAAAGAAACGGCUAUCAGAGUUUAUGGCUGGCUUCACCACUAUAACUGGGAAAUUGAAGGAAAUGUACCAAAUGAUUACUCUUGGAGGUGAUGCAGAGUUGGAACUUUGUGAUACUCUGGAUCCAUUUGCAGAGGGAAUUGUUUUCAGUGUUCGGCCUCCAAAGAAAAGCUGGAAAUGCAUAUCUAACUUGUCUGGAGGUGAAAAGACAUUAUCAUCUUUGGCACUUGUGUUUGCAUUGCAUUACUACAAACCCACUCCUCUCUAUGUGAUGGAUGAAAUUGAUGCUGCCCUCGAUUUUAAAAAUGUUUCUAUUGUUGCGAAUUACAUUAAGGAGCGUACUAAGAAUGCCCAGUUCAUCAUCAUAUCUCUGCGGUCAAACAUGUUUGAACUUGCUGAUACCCUGGUUGGAAUUUAUAAAACAUACAAUGCUACAAAAACUGUAACGAUAAAUCCAACCCUAUAUGUGUCUCAUGGUGUAAACAAAGCUGCUCAAGACAAUGAAAAGACUCCACCGCGUCGAGGUAUGUCUUCUCCAGAGCCUGCUAUGACAAGAGAACAGCCCUUAUCGCCAGUACUACCUGAUCCAACAUCAACACCAGGUUCUCCUAUAUUAGGAAGUUCCAAGACCUGAUGUGUUUUGUUGUCUCACACAUACUGUAUUAACAGUUAGCCUUCACCUUAGAGCGUUAAUUAUUGAUUGUUUAUAAAAAAAAUUUCAAUUUUUCAUUUUAUAAUAGGAUGUGUUUUUCCUUGACAGUACGUGGUUUAUAUAUUUUAAUGAAUGACAAAUAAACAUUGGUUUUGAACUA